AUGUCGGUCAUCGAAAACACCCGCAACAUACUCCUAGAUCCUCCCCGCGACGCAGAUGCUACCGCGCUGGAACAGGCCGAACAGUACGGCCUCACCACGUCUUGGCCGCCCCUCGUCAACGACCAUACGACAGAGCACUCGCUCAACAGCCACAUUUCCAAUCUGGCUCAGAAUUUGCCUCACCCAGGCGACGACAUCGAGUCCACGCGCCGAUGGCUCAAUGGGGCUCUGGACUUCCGCCAGACUGCGCUGAAACACCCCAUUGCCUGGACUGGCGCCGAACUCCAUGCGCUUUCGGAGUUUGAGCUGGGAGAAUAUUUGGUCGAAUGUGGUCUCGGCAGAUACCAGGCCAGGGAACUCGCCAGAGACGUCGUCUUUGCACGGCAGGUCUGUGUCUUCCUUUGCACAAGAGCAGCCUGGUUGGCCAAGAUUACCAAACCGAAUCAAGAGAUGAUCCAGAAGGGCCCCGAGGCCCGUACCGAGAACUUCAAGCGCCGCGACACGGCUCGCAUGCGGGCCAUGCUUGCUUGCCUGUUCGUACUCGUGGCCGCAACCUCGAUUGGUCUCAUUCUUUGA